GAGGCUAAAGCCCAGGCGUUUUGCUUUGCCGGUGUGCACUGCGGGUCCCAUGGGCAUUGUCCCAGGCACGGUCCCAGGUCCCCACCUGUCACCUUUCAAUGCCGCGCGGGGAAGCGGGCAGCGCGAGGCAAGGCCGCGGCCGCGCGAACCCCGAUGCUUUGCAAUUAGAAAACUCUCUGUCUUAUUUGAACCAUCUGCCAGCUACAAGCUUCUUGAGAGCCGCGGAAGGAUGCGCUAAACGACCUGAAACGCAUUUGCGCUGAGGCGAUGAAGGUGCUGAGCAAAUCUUUGUGUUUCUCCAUGGAUGCCUUGUGAGCCGGGUGCGCAGUCGCUCGAGCCUCUGCCGCCGCUCGGACUGAGCCAGGUUACGAGGUUGGCACGGAGCGGGAGGUUAGAGCAGCCAGCUGCCUUCAACCUUUCCCAGUACAGCGCUGCUAGUCUUUCAGCGUUGGUCUCGAUGGCUUUUACUUCUCACAGAGGCGAUAUCACGUCAGAAGUAGAAGCCAUCAAGACAAGUGCUGAAAGACUGGCAGUGCUGUCCUGGGAAAAGUUGAAGCCAGCUGGCUGCCCAGCAGCCUUGCGCUCCGUCCGUGCCAACCUCGAUUUGCAGCUAACCUGGCUCAACAAUCAACCAGCGCGGCAGCGGCGCAAGCGACCGCGCAGCCGGCUCACAAGAAAUCAAAACAGAUGCCGUCGCGGCUCACGUCACCGGCGGCAGCAGCGGGGACGGCGCGCAGCGCUGGUAUCGAGCAGCGGCGGCGGCACGUAGCAGCAGGGGUGCGGCACCACGCCGCUCCUGAUGAUGGUCGAUAGCAGCAGUGGCGGCGGCGGCGCCACCAGGUGCGGCGGGCGGCGGCGCGGCGGAGACCGACGGGAUCGGGCACCGCAUCUCCGGCCGGUGCCAUCACUUGCGGUGGUGGCAGCGGCGGCGGCGGUGGGGGGCGAGGGCAGCAUGCAGGCUGCGGAGGCGUGUGCGCGACCCGUGGGGUCGGAGGGCGCCAGCGGAGCGAGCAGCAGCGCAGCAGUGCGGCGGCGGCAGCAAUGGGCGAGGGCCGCUGGACGUGCUGUGCAGCUGCUUCAAGAGCUGCCGAUGCGGCAGUCGUGGGUUCAUGGAGGGUACCGCUGCGCCGACAUGCCACUGGCAGAAUCUGAAGGGCUGCCGCCGGCGGCCGUCGCAGCAUCAUAGGCGGCACCCACCAAGACCGCCAUAAGAACGCCACCGCGCCCUCGCGCCUACGGACCAGCAAGUUCCCUUCAACUAGCAGCAGCAGCAGCUGCGGCGCCAUGCUCGGGGGAUGGGGAUGAGUUUGACGAAUGACUGGCAGCAAUGUGCGUGCGUGUAGGAUUAAAUGUGAUGUGGGGCUGUACGUAGCACCUGCCAUGCGGGCUACGCCGCCCUCAUGCGCCGCUGGCGCCCAAUGGGCCCCCGCCCCAGGCAGAGGCCCCUGGAACCCAUGUGCGCAAAGCAGGGGGCACGCGCGCAGCAGUGUUUUGGCGUCCGGAUCUUGAGCGUGGAUGAGCAGGCAUGUUGAUGUGCACGAAUGCGCGUCAUUCUGGCUUGGGCCGUUGUUGACGCAGCAUAAUCAAUGCACAAGCUCUUACACAGCAUGUGUGCUCGAAUGGUGUGGAUAUGACGUUAAGGGAAGUAAGGCAUAGCAUGCUUACGGAUCACGACGCAUCCAAAGUGGGGGAAUGUGCUCAGUAGUUCCAGGAUGGUAUGUGUAGUAUGUGGGCUGAGGGAUAGGUUGGUGACGUUCGGUGCGGCGAUGCAGAGGGGCCUCUGUAUGCGAUCCCCCGUGCAGUCAUGGUGUUGUAGACGUUUGUUAUUCUGAUGAUUGAGCUAGCAAAGUAACGAAGUCAGUAGCGUGAAGAGCAGUGUUGGUGGGUGGGCUGUCACAUGCUGUGCUGCGUGCGCCGUGCAUGUAACAACCAUAUCGA